AUGGUAGACGAGAUACUGCUGCCUAGUUCAUUUCAUAAAUCGUUGCCAGCGUCUACUCUUAAGCCAGGAUCAUCACGAGCAAGAGAACCUUCUUUACAAGAAAACAAGAAAAUAUCUUCCCUUAAAUACAGAAAAACAUUCCAAAUUAAUACACCUAUCAAACCGCAAAGACUGAAGAGGCAACAAAAGUUGCACUACAAACGCAAAAAUAAGACUUCGAAAAGGGCAAUAGAUAGCAAUGAAUUAUUCAAUAGUAAAUAUAUUCCACUUCUUAAAAGUCUCAGCAUUUUAUUUGAUAAUUUUCUUCAUACAAGAUCAAGCGAAUCCUAUGAAAUUACAAGAAACAAAUUCGAAAGGAACUAUCAACAUUCCGAAGACGACGAUGUUCAGUGUACAUGCUCAAUCAAACCAAAUAGAGCCUUCAGAAGGCUUACAUCGAAACAAACGACAACUGCUCCUAUCUCGACUUUCACCACUGAGAUCUCGAAUGUCUUCAAGGCUAUCGCCCCUACCGAUACUACCACCGCCCCGCCCUAUUAUACUACCAAUAGUCACAUCAAUGGUUUCAAAUGGAAUACGGACAUACCCCUACUAUUUACAAGAAAUCCCACUGGCAGUAGGAGAGACGAUAAUGGAAUCCGUAAGGGAAGCAGCGCCACAAAUUACAGGAGCGUUGAAAGAUAUAUCUCCAGGAAUAAUGGAGAUAAUGAGCAUAAUGCCGGAAGCGCAGAAAAUGCAACCAUUUCACAAUAUUAUGAAGAAUAUUCCAAUAGUACUCCACGAAACGAUUCAAACAGCAAUGGAUCCAUUCGAAGAAUUUCCCGAAAUGGAAACAAUACCCGAUAUUCAGAAGUUAGAGGAUCAACCGCUCAGACUAUCAUAUUCACGACAGAAAAAAAUGCCUUUGAAAAACCUAGAGGACACAACGUUACAUAUAAAGGAGAAAAUAAACUCAAAGCUAGAAGAUACAAAACAGAGAACGCAGUAUCUAUAUCAGACAUUGAUCCAGGACUACGACGAUAUACAAUCCAAGGUGAGACCCAUGAAAUCACAAAACCAACUCUUGCCUACAAAAAUGAUGAAGAAAGCCACUUCAAUGUCAAGUUCAAUGGCCCCAGUAAUAAAAGAUUCCUUGACAGAAAUGGCACAUAUACCACAGAAAAUCAAAAAGUUCGUGGAACAGAUGAAGCAAUAAUGUCUAGCAUUCAAUUCGAUACAACAAAGAAUAAGAUGCCACUUGUAAUGAUUAUUGACGGAUACAGUGUAGCUAGAGAUGUAAAUGGGGAAAAUAAACUAAAUGAAAAGACUAUUCAUAUUCACUCAUAA